GUACAUCUACCGAGCAAUGCGGGACUCGGACCUUUCUGAGUUUCUCCUUCAAUCACGGGUGCUCUCUCCCUAUGAAGCUAUUUCUCCUCCAUUGUCAAAUCGUGAGAUUUUGCACCACUGUUGGCCGGCACUUCAGAGGGCUUCUGAUUAGCAGUGGCGCUGCAGUCGACUUGGUCCACAGUCAUCUCUACUGGCAUGCUCGUAUUGUUGUGGUCCCUGCUGAAGCUGGAUCUUUGACAGCUGCUGCUCUGGAGCGGAGAAGCCUCCGAAGAACGUCAAUUUUGAUAGAGUCAAAAUGUGGCAGGGCUUAACGGGGUUGCGAGAGAAUCUUGGGAAGGGGUUGCAGGAAUUUAAGAAGGAGGCUUUACGGGAGAGCUCGACAUUGAUUCGGGAGGUCAGCAAAGUGGGGCCGGCGCUGAUCAAGGAGAACGCCUUGGGCGACAGUAGCGAGCAAGAAAAUGAGAAGGAAGAGGUGGCACACUCUUCCAGCAUUCAAAAUAAAGCUGAAAAUGCGGAUGGUGAGGCUCUCGGGCCAGAUUCUGAAGGCUGGGACAAUGGCUGGGACGAAGGCGAGCACUCGGAGGAGGUGCCCCCAGAGAGGACUACGCACAACCCUCAAUCGGAAGACACCCACAAAGUGGCCAAUGAGUUUGCCGAGAACCAUGCCGGAGUGAAUGGAGUUGCAGAGGAAGGAAGCUUUGUGGAACUGGACAUCCAUGCCAGUCACACGGGUGCCCUGCAAGACAAUGAGGACGGCGAUGACGGCCAACAUUCCCUUGCCGAUGCCUCCUCCAGCAGGUCCGCCUCUACAACCCCAAAAGCUUUUGGAAUGUCCGACGAGCGCAGAGAUACGGAGCCACAAGAGGACCCUGAACUGGCGGGUGACUCUCCGAUGGCUGCGGCGAUCACCUCGAAACAGCUGGGAGAGGUCACGGGGCAGCGCGACCGGUUGGCGGAGCGUCUGGAUGUGAUGGAGGACGAGCUGGAGGCUGCAAAGGCGCAUCAGGCCAGCCUGGAGGCCGCGCUGCAGGCGGCUCGGAAAGAGGCGGCGGUGGCGGUCGAAGAGAGGAACGCGGCGGAGGCGAAGGCGACGCGGCAGGAGAUGGAGGCCGCGGCGGCGAGGAAGAAGCAAGAGGCACUGGAGGGGAAGGUGAAGGCGCUGGCGGGAGGGCUGGAGCAGCGGAUGCAGGGACUGAGGCAGGAGCUCGAGACGCGGACUUCGGAGCUGGUGGCCUCGCGAGCGGAGGUGGCGGAAGCGCGCAGCGCCUUUGACGAGGUGAAGGCCAUGUUGGAGGAGAGCAGCUCCGAGCGGGAGCGCCUGGGGGAGGAGCUGGCGCAGCUCAAGGGGCAAUGGCAGCAGGCCAAAGACGAAGCAGCCAAGUACAAGCACGAGGCGGAAGGUGCGAGGCGCGAGAUUGCAGAGAGCGUCGCUGAGCUGUCGGAGGUGCGGGCGGACCUGUGGGCCACGAAGGAGGCGGCCAAAGGGAAUGCUCUUGGGGAGGACGAGCGCGCCAGCUUGGAGGCCGCCCUCAAGGCUGUCUCCGCCUCUGCUCAGACGGCCGCCGCCGAAGCCGGGGCUUGGAAAGUGCGAGCAGAGACGGCAGAGGAGCAGGUGACCACGUUGCAAGCAUCGUUGGGCGCAGCGGAGGCUGCUGUGGCGGCUGGCGAGCAGCGGGUGCUCGAGGCGGAGAUGGCGGCGCAAGAGGCGGCACGCGCGGCCAACCAGGCGCAGCUGUCCAGCGCGGAGCUUAAGGAGCAGAGCGAACAGCGCUCGCGCAUCUUCCGGGCGGCGGUGAAAGCGGCAGUGGGCAAGAUACAGACGGAGUUGGAGCAUGAGCGGGAUGCAGCACUGGAGCGGGCCCAGCACCUGGAGCGGGACCUUAAGGACCAUGCCGCACGGCUCCAGGAGACGCAGGCUUCCUUGGAGGCCGUGUCUACGGAGCUCGCCUCCGAGCAACGCUCCGCAGAAGAGGCACGUGCCGCGGCCGCCAGCCGGGAGGAGCGGCUAGAGACGGUCCUGCGCAAGCUGAGCGAGGCGGAGGACGAGACGCGCGCGCAGCGAAGGCAGGCCGAAGCGGCCAGGGAGGUGGCCACGCAACUCACACAUAAGUUGUCGUCCGCGGAGGCAGAGUACGCAGAGAACCGCACAACUGCGCAGAUGGCAUCGCAGCAGCGCGACUGGGCGGAAGAACGGCUGGCCGCAGAGACAGCGCGGCUGAGCAAGCUGCUGGAGGAGAUCGAGAGGGAGAGGGACAACGUCAAGGCUGCUGCCGCGGAGGCGUCCUCCCGGUCCGCCGAGGAGGUCGCGUCGUCGCGCGCCCGGGUCGCGGAGCUGGAGGGCAAGCUGGCGGUGCUGGAGAGCCGCUCCGUCCGCGGCAGCGAGGAAGCGCGCCUGCGCGCCGAGCGGAACCGGAGCCCUGCUGCAACUAGCGCGGGGCGGGGAGGGGACAGCGGCCUGGAGGACCUGGGGCUGGAAGGGGUGCGCUGGAAGGCAACGGACGAUUGGGAGGCUCCGGGCGAGGCUCGGUCCCGCAAGCCCGGCAAGCGGGGGGCCGUCAAGGCGCCCGUGGAUGACUCGUGGUGGGGCCGAGAGGAGCACGAGGCAGGGUCGCGGGGCAGGAUCUCGAAGCGGACGGCCGUUGUGUUGCUCUACCUCUUCAUCCUGCACAUCAUGGUCAUGAUCUCGUUUACGAACCGGGCUUCUCCGUUGUGUAUAGACAUGGGGGCACAAAUUGAUAAUCAAUUGCCUGGAUAAUGCAUAUCAAUUAGACAGCCCUGUAAAAUACACACUGCCUCCCUGUUUGAGAGACUGGAGACUUGAUUGAUUGACUCUAACAAAUCCCGUUCCGGUCACAGAUAGAACACGUUCGGCACAGGAUAUGGACGCUGAACCUCGUGCAUUACCUACAAAAGUACCAUAAUUACAUAAUUACCUCCAGUUCCUUGGUGUGCUUUUGAGUCUCGCUUUUCUGCAA